CUCACCACCAACAGCAUCUCCCUCACUCGCAAUACCUACAAUCCGAUUAGGACCAUACCAGCACAUUCGCAACCGAAACCACCGCAAAGAUGUCGACGGACCCGAAGCUCCAAGAACUGCUCGCGAAGCCCCGCAGCGAAUUGACCGAAUACCAAGUCGCCCAGGUCGAAGAGCACGAGUUGACGACCGGACCCCUCUCCAUCCUCCAGACGGCCGUGCGCAACCGCACCCAGGUCCUCAUCUCAUGUCGCAACAACCGUAAACUGCUGGCGCGCGUCAAGGCAUUCGACAGGCACUGCAACAUGGUGCUCGAGAACGCGAAGGAGAUGUGGACGGAGACCCCGCGGACUUCGAAUGGUCAGUUGGGCCGGAAAGUGAACAAGGAUCGGUUUAUUAGCAAGCUGUUCCUCCGUGGAGAUUCCGUCAUUCUGGUCCUUCUAAGUUAAUAGGCCGUCAAUGUCACGAUGGGUCACCAUAUGGGUUAAACAGGAAUGGAGUUCAA